AUGGCCACCAUUGAGGGGGAAGCCAGGCAUCUGAAUUUGAUCGUGGUUGCUUUGGAGCAGAUGAAGAGACAAGUUCCACAUCUCGCAUUUGCAUCCAGUGUGACAAGCAAUGAGGAUCCAAAUUCAUGCAGACAUUCCAGAUUUUACCUCAAUCCAAAGCAAUGGGUUUCACUGUCAGAGUUGAAUCAGCAUAUGGCACCAUCAUUUGCAAAGCUGAAUAAAGCUUUGACAGAAUUGUUAUCUACUUGCAGCUAUGGAGCAAUACUGGAGAAGUUUCGGAGGCAUGACCCUUCGAUCAUGGGGAAGAUCAAAGGUUCCAUUGUGGACUCGGCCCCUGUUGCUGCCCCUGACCCACAGGUUUGGGCUUCUGGUUUCUCUGCCGCUUUUCAGAAAAAGCAGAGUGUAGCAACAAAAGGAAUGCUGAGUUCAAAUGGAUCAGGGAGUGGCAUGAUGGUUGCUGCUGAUUCUGGUGUGAAAGCCAAACCAGCAGUCACGGAGGUUGCUUUGCUGGCAGUAUUGGAGAAGAUUUUUGAGGUUGUCCUGAACCUUCCUGCUAUUAAUAGGUGGCAACUUCCUUCAGAUUGGUUACCCAUCCGCAUUCUACCAACCAAAGUGUCCACAGCUGGGAUGCAACGGAGAGCUGGGUAUGAGGUCAGGGCAUGUGAUUUUGUGUCCUCACCUCACGUAUACCAUUUCCGAAGUGAUCCGGGUCUCUACACUUCUCAGCUCACCAACUUUUUGGAGGACUGUGUGCUUACCAGUUGCAAAGAUUUGUCGUAAGUUCUGCAUAUAUUUAUACAUCUCUCUCUCUCUCUCUCUCUCAAGACGCUUUCCAUUCUUUUUCUGGCAUUGAUGUGUUUCUUGCCAGGCAUAACUAAUUCAAGAGACAUUGUUCAAAUUUCAUUUGUGUAUAC